CUUAGGCCACUACGCUUACAUUGUUUUUGAUACAUAGGCUCUAGAAAACUGCUUGGGAUAAAUAACAAACACAGAUCUUUGCCAGACUUUUGGCCCUGCUCGUUUGCUCUGCUGCUUUAAUCCACUAACGUGUCCCUCCAGCUCAAUACAUCACCAUGUCGCGGAGAUAUGAUUCCCGCACAACGAUUUUCAGCCCCGAGGGGCGCCUUUACCAAGUUGAGUAUGCCAUGGAGGCCAUUUCCAACGCCGGUGCGUCCAUUGGCCUGCUGGCGAAGGAUGGAGUCGUCCUGAUUGCGGAGAAGAAGAUCACAUCCAAGCUCCUAGACACGCACGCGGUGGGUGUGCGCCGAGAGAAGAUGUACCGGAUAGACAACCACAUCGCCUGCUCGGUGGCGGGUAUCACAGCCGACGCCAACAUCCUGAUCAACACGUGCCGCCUGGCCGCCCAGCGCUACCUGUUCGCCUACCAGGAGCCCAUGCCGGUGGAGCAGCUGGUGCGCACCGUGUGCGACACCAAGCAGGGGUACACCCAGUUUGGAGGGCAGCGGCCGUUCGGUGUGUCGCUGCUGUACGCUGGCUGGGACGAGCACUACGGCUUCCAGCUGUACCAGUCCGACCCCAGCGGCAACUACGGCGGCUGGAAGGCGGUGGCCAUUGGCGCCGGACACCAGGCCGCCAACAACCUGCUCAAGAGCGACUUCAAGGAGGACCUGCCCCUGUCUGAGGCCAUCCCCUUCAUCAUCAAGGUGCUGGCCAAGUCCAUGGACACCAGUCUGGCGCCCGACAAGGUGGAGCUGGCCACCAUCAGCCGCGAUGCAGCCAGCGGCAAGGUGGUGUACAAGAUCUAUGACGCCCCCGAGCUGACGCCGCUGCUGGACGCAGCGAACGCCGAGAAGGAGGCGGCGGCGCAGAGCUGAGCGGGCUGAGCAUGAGAAGGACGUGGCAGGAGUCGAGGGCACGAAGGAGAGGGGGGUCAGGCUGUGGUGACUGCAGGGCGGCGGGGAGGCUGGACUAAGCCGGUGCAAUGUUUGGAGGGGUAGUGCGGUGAUGCGCGGGAGUGUACAGGUUGGGUACCACGGUGGUUGCCCGGGCGGCGGGGCGCAGCCGUGUGUCCGUAUGCUAGUACAGUAUGCAGAAGUGUCAUAGCAGCGGUGGUGGUGCGGUUGUGGUGGUAGUGAGGGUGCACAGGCGCUGGGGCUGACAGCAUGUCGGGCCACGGCUACCGGUGCGGGGGCAGCGGUCAGGGUUGCGAGUACGGGCGGAGCGGUUGUUGUUUGUGCGCCCUAGCGCGUUACCCACGCGCGUUACCCUAGGCUUUCUUACGCGGCGACCCAGUGCGGCAUGCCGCUAGGGGCUCAUUACGGUAUGUGCAUAUGAUAUGUGACACUACGGUAUUGGAGUUGCCACGCCAUGCGGUGUGUCAAGUACAGUGAACGACCUGGCCAGCCAGCAUUGUGCACCAACCAACUUGUCGGCACAGUAACUCGGGCGUUCGACCAGCCGCGCACUCCUGCACUGCCGUUGCAAAUUCUUUGCCAUCUGCUGACUCUGGGGUCUGGGAAUCAGCUGCACCCUACGGGACUUCACCAACCUGCUUUAACACUGUCCCAUCGCA